AUGGGCAAGAUAAUAGUUGUGACGGUUAACGGGGCGCCGAGAACGGCUCCCAUUGAACCGCCGUUCUGCCAGCCACCACCGCCUGUCACAUGCGGCAAUGUUACUGCCCGUUACGGUCUAGCCGAGCAAUCUCUGGGAGACCACACAGGUCACGUGCCAGAUCCAGCCACAUUGCGGGAUGGUCAAGAUGCCAGCAAUAGUCCAAGUGACGCGCCCGCCCUUCAAGUGGCCGCCUCAUCCCCCAGCACAACCAGUUCGGAGCAGAGCGCGGGGUUGUCUGAUGUACACAAUGACAUUCCAGUCGAUCCGGUGAUCCUCACCGACGACGGACCUUGGAUGAUUAAAGAAUUGCAGAUGCACCCAGACGAUAGUUUCGUUACUUCGGAGACAAGUUGUCCGUAUCCUGAUCCCCCCUCCGUUCUGCAGGAGAGCAGUCCUCAGCCGGUUAGUCCACACGGCCAGGACCAUACGCAAAAUUCCGCCUCCUAUGACAACACCGAAGCCGACUACCCUUCGUGUGAUACCCCUCUGGGUACCUCCAUCUGCGGUCAACAGUCGAAACCGCGCAAGCGAAAGCUGCAAAAAUUGGACGAACAGCCGUCUAAGCGAGUUCGAGGUCCCAUGUCCGGCCAGGAAUAUACGUCGUUUCCAGCAUUUUGUACUCAGUUUCUGUUCCUAUCAAUCGAUGAACGUCUGCAAUUUCUCUCUUGGCUGUUCGAAGGUGCCCUACAACGUUGCAUAUCAGAAUAUCCACCCACGGCAUCUAAACAGGGAGAAGCGCCGGGGGCCAGUGGUAUGGAUGUCCACGGAAGCUCAAGAAAGGGCAUGAAAUGGUCUGUGGAAGAGUCGGAUCUUCUGCUGAAGCUGAGAAGAGACGAGGAGCGGCCUUGGGCAGAGGUCACGAGGCUAUUUCCGGAGGAAUAUCCGGGGAGAAGUCCAGGCGCGAUUCAAGUAUACUGGAGCACGGCGCUUAGAAAGAAAUGGCAUCUCAAGACUGCGCUUUAG